UCAUAGAGUUAGUUUCACUUUAGAAUUAUCUCCCUUCACAAGUGAUAAUGCCGACGACAACAUAAGACAUGUCCAACGAUUCAGAAGAGGAUGAUUACAUGUCCGAUGCAAUAUUACAACAAUGCAAAGACACGAGGCCUGGAUUAGUGUCCUCCAGACAAGCUAAGAACUACCAGAGAGAAGAGAAAGAAAAGCAAGCUAAAAUCAACAAUACAUUCAAGCCAAAAAAAGUUAUAGAAAAUGAGAAGAGAGAGGAGGGACUUCAGUCAGCCAUUGGCAGUGAAAACAAGGGCUUCGCUCUCCUUGCCAAAAUGGGCUACAAACCAGGAACAGCUCUGGGCAAACGUGGAGAAGGCCGUUCAGAGCCUGUGCCUAUAGAACUGAAGAACGGUCGAGGAGGAUUGGGCCGAGACACAGAAGUCAAGAGAAAACAGGCUCAGGCUGUGGCCUUUCGUGCAAUGGUCAGUCACAAACGGCAGAAGAUGGAGCUUCGACAGAAACAACAUUUUGUGGCAAAUAUGAGCAACAGAUUCUCAGAGCAACAGGCAGAAAGAGAUUUAUAUAAGAGUCAGAAAGUGUGUGAGCAACUAGAUUCUCAGAAGGAUAUUACAGAGCCAGAACUUUACUACUUCUGGCCGGCUUCUCACCUAAAGAAAUUAAAAAAGAAGGCACAGCAGCAUGUUCGGGAUGAGUGUGAUUUGGACGAUGAUUUCAAUGAUGAAAGAGAUGAUGCUAUACCAAAAAAUCCAUUACGAUCAAUACAUGAUUUUGAAGAGGAGGAGGAAGAGGAGGAGGAGGAGGAAGAGGAAGAAAUUAUAGACACAGUGACAACAGAAGAAAAGCUUCAGAUUUUAACUAAAUACCUGCGGACUAAUUAUAUCUACUGUGUAUGGUGUGGCACUAGAUACGACGAUGCGGAGGAUUUGAACUCAUCUUGUCCAGGGAGUACAGCAGAAGCUCAUGAUGAAUGAUACCACAAUGGUUAAGGGGAUAGCUUUGGACAAAGAGAAAUUGGAUACUCUUUUGUUUGGUUGUUGAUACAAGUAGUAAGGAAUUUCUUCCAGUGACCUCAGUUCAACGUUAAAGGUCACAUACAGGAUGACCUUAUUGACCUCCAUUCAAAUGGUCACACCCAUGACCUUCUGGCGACCUCCAUUCAACAUUGGUUACACCCAUGACCUUUUGGUGACCUCCAGUCGACAUUGAUGGUUACACAUAGAGGUUUUAGUGACCACUGUUCAACUGUGAAGACACACGUUGGGCAAUAUUCAAAGGACCUUCAAUCAACACAUUGAAGCACAUAAACUUAUGAAUGGCCAAGAGACCUGCAUUGUCUGAUGUUUGUCUUGUAGAUUUUAAUUUCCUCCUCCGCUGAUGAGCUGUAUAAGCAGCUAGACAGCUUAUGACUUGUUACAGCAGUGCUGCAGACAGUAAAUAU